UAAGGCGGGCACUCACGGCCCGCACGGCAUUCGUAACGCAACGAUGAGACCAAGCGUAGCCCACACCGCGGCGCUACUGCUGCUGGCCGGUACGAUGAGCGUUGACGCCCAAAACCGAGACAGGGGUCACAGUUUGGACCUCAUCCGCCUCCUCACCGAGAGACCCUGGCCCACGCAUGGGUACAACCGCUGGGACAGGAGCCCACGCGUGGACGCGAGCCUCGACCCCGGCGAUCUUGACCCACACUACGCUCAUCUCAACCUUGAUGAUGAUGAUAACUUUAGGAACUUCGCAGAAAAUGAAUAUAGAGUUGGCGAAAAGCGGUCAGCUGUGGCGACAGUAUUAAACUCCGGGCGCCGGAGACGGCAGCCGACGCCGGCGCUCGGUAAGGCCGUCACGCCGUAUGUCGGCGUCGGUGUGUUGAACGACGUCGGGUCAUUCUUUGACUCUCUGCGCGACAACCUGGAAACCCUCGCGUCGCUGUCCCCUCAGCAGCGCGGAGCCCUAUUCCAGGACGUACCCACUGUAGUCCACGCACCCUCCUCAGGAGGCGGCGGCGGAGGGACAGGCAUGAGGAGGCUGCAUGCCCUACGACCACUGCGGCCUUCGGGAAUUAGAUCUUACAACCGUAGAUCUUUCGUGGAGGCUGACGGCGGAUACCCGGGCGCCAACCACCACGACCCAGGCUUGCUGUGGACAGGGCUCGGCCGGUAGACAGAGACAUCACACCCCUCACUACCAACACAACGUAGAAGACUCAUACUCGCGACAACAUAAGGAUGUAAUUCCACGGUAUUACAAAUCAGAAUCGAUCUAUUUAAACGUUCCUUUCAAAUACCAGAAAAACGUCUCGAUUCGACCACCGCAAGUCAACAUUCGUAGUAUCCAACCAAUUAUGUACAAUGACGUAAUGCCAGCUGAUGUAAUUUUAGCAUUACAAGAUAUGUAUUGUUACUCGUAAAAGGUAUUAAUGGAAAUAUUUAUCUGAACAAGUUAAUUAAAAAAGAACUUGCGAUAUGUAAUUAUAGCUAGUUGCGUUUUAUACUUAUUCUAUUAUACUUAUUCAUUCUUUUAAUAAAUUGCAUAGUUACAACCUGUUACGCGUUAGUUAUUUAUUAUGUUAGGAAGUUUUUAUUGUUGUUUAUGUCUGUUAUUCUACCUUGUCAAGAAACGAAUACUUAUAUGCGCAUUACCUAUGUUGUAAUUAUAGAAUACAUAUACUAUUAGUUUCUUGAAAUGUUUUACUAAGUAGUAGCUUUUUCAUUUAUUCGUAUUAAGAGUACUAUUGUACUAGUUAUUAUGACUUAAUUAAGAGUUACAUUAAUUGGAGAAAAUCAUAUGCUUGUAGAAUUAAUAUAAAAUUUUUACGUCAUACAUAAGUCACUAAUUAACUUUUGUCUACUUAUCUAGCCUUUAUCAGUAUUUAUAAUACGUUUACUAAUGUUAGUAUUUAAUAAAAAAUGUAUGUAUAUAAGUAAUUUAUUGAUUGUUCGUUGUUUGUAAUUAACUCCUAAUAUAUUCGAAACUCGUUCUUAGAUCAUACAACCGGAAGCAUGGCGAAAAAUUUGAGAAACUAUAUAAUAUAAUAUCGCUCAAGUGUUUUUAUUUUAUUAAAUCCAG